AUGACCGAGCGGCGGCUAGAAUGCAUUAGCCCAUCGUGCGCUAGACUGGAGGCAACGCAUGGAGGUGGGCAGUGUGGUGUUCAAUGGAAGUACUGGGAAUGUGAGACGAAGCCAGCGUGGAGAGUGUACGCUAACGACAAAGCGCACCUGCGCGGCGAUGAAGUAUGCAGCGGAAAACAUCGAGUUCCAGUAACGACGGAGGUGAAAGCGUUUAUCACGCGAAUGGAUUCGUGCGGUGUGAGACCCCGCCAUAUCUGGAGUAAUCUUCGGCGAGCGACUGAUGUUCGUGCACCUCCUUUGGGUUUACCGUCGCGGCAGCAAGUAUCUGACUGUGUGAAGCGGCUCCGAAAAAAGAACCUUACGCGAAACACGAGGGAAGCAGUGAAGAACUUAAAGAAAAUAGUUCCCGUACUAUGA